AUGAAACCAGCAGGGUUGAUAGCUAUAUCAAUUGAAAGAUGGGGUGUGAAGCUGUCAACUGACCAGGCAUAUAGAGCUAAGAGAAAAGCUAUGGAAUUGUUACAAGGUGCUGGGAGGGAUCAGUUCACACAUCUUAGGAGCUAUGCACAAGAACUCUUGAAUUCUAACCCCAAUAGCAAUGUUAUUUUAAAGUGUAGUGAUUCAAGUAAUGGGCCUGUAUUUGAAAGAGUAUAUGUAUGUUUGAAUGCAUGUAAAACUGCUUUUGCAAAAUUCUGUAGACCUUUAAUAGGUCUGGAUGCAUGCUUUUUGAAAGGUGACUAUGGUGGACAACUGAUGGCAGCUGUUGGGAGUGAUGGGAAUAACCAAAUAUUUCCCAUUGCAUAUGCUGUUGUAGAGGCUGAGACCAAGGAUUCAUGGGAAUGGUUUAUAAAUCUUCUCUUAGAAGACUUGCAAUCAGUGAACAAUGUGUCAUAUGCCUUUAUCUCAGAUCAACAAAAGGGACUUGUACCAGCUGUCCAAGGAGUAAGUGAACAUGUUGAGCAGAGGUUGUGUGUAAAACAUUUAUAUGGAAAUUGGAAGAAGAAAUUUUCAGGUUUAGUUUUGAAGGAGGUCUUUUGGAGUGCAGCAAGGGCUACUACCAUUCCAGAAUGGGAGAGAGCAAUGAUUAGGCUUAAAGCCUUGAAUGAAGAUGCUUGGAAAGAUAUUAAUGAAAUACCUGCAAGAUUUUGGUCUAGGUCACACUACAAGACACAUGUUAAGUGUGAUCUUCAGGUUAAUAAUUGGUGUGAGGCAUUUAAUAGGGCUAUUUUGGAACAUAGGGACAAGCCCAUUAUAAGCUUGUUAGAGGGGAUUAAACAUUACAUCACCAAGAGGAUUACAAGUCACAAGGAAAUGAUGCAAAAGUACAAUGGAGUGAUAUGCCCUAAUAUCCAAGUUAUUGUUGAAAAGAACAAGAAGAAUGCUCAUGGCUGGACUCCUACAUGGCAUGGUGAUGAUGACAUGGCAAUAUUUGGAGUUACUAAUGGGAUGGAAACUUUCUGUAUCAAUCUCAAAGACAGGACAUGUUCAUGCAGGAAAUGGAUGUUGAAUGGUAUUCCUUGCAGCCAUGCAAUCUCAUGUAUGUGGCAAAUGAAGAAAUCUCCUGAAGAGUAUGUUGAUGAUUAUUACAAGACUGCUAAAUAUUUGGAGUAUUAUGGCAACAUAAUUUAUCCAACUAAUGGACCACAAUUGUGGCCUGUUAUUGAUGGAGUAGUUGCAGUCAACCCACCCUUGAUGAGAAGAGCUAUUGGGCGCCCAAAAAAGAUGAGGAACAAGUCAAAUGAUGAGCCAAGAAACCCUAAUGUGCUGCCAAGGACUUUGUCAACAGUCUCAUGUAGGAAAUGUGGAGCUGUUGGACAUAACAUUAGAAGUUGCAAGGGUAAAAGAGCUGCAGAUAGAUCCAUACCUGUUGGUGGGAACAAAAAGGAAAAGACUAAGGGUGCUGCUAAGGGUAAGGGAGCUUCUAAGGGUGCUGCUAAGACAAAGGGAGCUUCUAAGGGUGCUGCUAAGACAAAGGGAGCUUCUAAGGGUGCUACUAAGGGUAAGGGUGCUGCUAAAGCUAAGGCAAAGACUAAGGGUGCUACUAAGGCUAAGACAAAUGAACCUGACAUUGCUUCAUCAUCACAAGGACCACCUGCCACACAGCCUACUCAAGAAUAG